CUGGUGUGCUUGGAGGAGGGGAAGACGUAAGUGGGGGGGAGGAGGAGACAACCUUUGACCGAGUUCGGAGGGCAGUAUGGGGGAUGCUGUAUGCCGAUGAUGCCGGCGUCGUAUCGAGGUCUGCAGAAGGGCUGGCGAGGAUGAUGAUCAUCAUCAUUGAGGUGUUUGGGGAGUUCGGGCUAACGGUGUCGGAGAAGAAGAUGGAGACGCUCCUGAUGCACGCAAAGGACAGGCCGACUACAACAUCACAGCGCGCCCCGCCUCCACCGCUGACCAUCGAAGCCGCGGGACAGAAAUACGCCCAGACGACCGAGUUCCGGUACCUCGGUGGCCUCGUCAACGAACAUGGCGACCUCACCCGGGAGAUCAACUACAGGAGCAGAGGAGCGUGGACGUGCCUCUGGCGAUAUGGCCGGGAGCUCUUCGACAGACCGCAAACGCCAUUCCGACUCAAGAUCCGCCUGCUCCAGGCGGAGGCGAUGGAGGUACUCCUGUACGGCUGCAUGAUAUGGUCACCACUCAGCGGCCACUAUCAGACGAUGCGGUCGAUACACCACUGA